ACGUUUCGAAGUAAAAAAGCGCUAUUCACCAAGCAGCAAAAUAAGCUGCCGCCGUCGAUGUCGUCAAUCAGCAUCAUAAACGGGCAGAAAAUUGAUUGCCCUUUGGCUUCACAUCUAUUUUCUAUGGUCUUUGAGUAAAUGGCAUCAUCCGCUUUCACCAGGGCUCUAUUGGGUCAUCGUUUGUUUCGCUCCUCGCACUCCUCACACAAAACUCAAAUCUUUACUCCUCUCUUUAAUAAAAGAUCAUUUCAUCUGCUGGCUGAUCCUGUCUAUACAUCAUAUAAGACGUCUGGCUGGGUUCCUCGAGUCAUGGCUUCCUCUGUUGUUGGUUCAAAAGCUAAUUUUUCUACACAUUCUUUGUCUACAAAUGAACCUGUUGUAUCUGUUGAUUGGCUCCAUGAAAAUCUCAGGAAGCCGGAUAUGAAGGUGUUGGAUGCGUCAUGGUACAUGCCAGAUGAACAAAGGAAUCCAAUUCAAGAGUAUCAGGUGGCUCACAUUCCUGGUGCUCUUUUCUUUGAUGUGGAUGGGAUAUCAGAUCGAACAACAAAUUUGCCACAUAUGUUGCCUUCGGAGGAAGCUUUUGCAGCUGCUGUUUCUGCUCUUGGAAUUGAAAAUAAGGAUGGUGUGGUUAUUUAUGAUGGCAAGGGACUGUUUAGUGCCGCUCGUGUCUGGUGGAUGUUUCGAGUAUUUGGGCAUGACAAAGUCUGGGUGUUAGAUGGUGGUCUGCCAAGAUGGCGUGCAUCUGGUUAUGAUGUUGAAUCUAGUGCUUCUGGUGAUUCCAUCUUGAAAGCUAGUGCUGCCAGUGAGGCAAUAGAGAAAGUAUAUCAAGGCCAGGCAGUUGGACCAAUCACAUUUCAGACGAAGUUUCAACCACAACUUGUUUGGACUCUUGAGCAGGUUAAACAAAACAUUGAGGACAAGUCUCACCAACACAUAGAUGCCCGCUCAAAGGCCAGAUUUGAUGGGGCUGUGCCGGAGCCUCGAAAGGGAAUAAGAAGUGGUCAUGUACCCGGCAGCAAGUGCAUUCCUUUUCCCCAUUUGUUAGAUGCUUCGCAGACACUCUUACCCGCUGAUGAACUUAAGAAACGAUUUGAUCAAGAGGGCAUCUCUCUGGACAGGCCAGUUGUGACUUCAUGUGGGACUGGUGUAACUGCUUGCAUACUUGCUUUGGGUCUGCACCGACUUGGGAAGCAAGAUGUUGCAGUCUAUGAUGGAUCAUGGACUGAAUGGGGAGCUCAUCCUGAGACACCUGUUAACACUUCAUAAAUCUGGAAGCUUGGAAGCAAUGUACGUGGUGUGUUGAAAGAGUUUGUAUCUAAAGCAGUUGAACAACUAGUGUCAUUUUUCUAAGAUCAUUUUUGAGUUGCAGUUACACUUUGAAAAUUCCAUUACCCUUUUAUCAAAAACCGUUGGCAUCACAUUGCAAAACUUUAUACUGGGUGUCUGAUGGAGGAAAAUGAAAUAAGAACUUUUUAGGAAGGAAUUGAAGCAUGGUUUCAUAAGUUUCGUAACGGUUCUGCAUCAUCGUUUAUGCAAUUGAUUUAUUUGUGUUCGUUGACGAAAAUGAAAAACUAGCAUGAUUCUUCUUCUGAA